CUCUACUUCCGGGAGUCUCACUUCACCAUGGCUGAAGCAAUUCUAUCCCCUCUUCUCGAUGCAAUCGUCGGAAACUUAGCAUCGGCAGCAAUCGAAGAGUUUCGGCAAGCAUGGGGCUGGGGCGUCGAUGAGGAGCUCGACAAUCUAUCGAGCACCUUAUCUGCAAUUCAAGCUGUGCUCGAAGACGCUGAGGACAGGCAUGUGGAAUCUAAGGCCACCAAGGACUGGCUUCGGAAGCUCAAAGAUGUUGCUUACGAUGCCGACGACUUGCUGGACGAGUUCGCGAUCGAAGCUCAACGGUCGAAAUCAGAGGGCCGGAUUCAAACCUACAAGAGAAGGAAGGUAUGUGACACCAUCUUAUCUUUAUUCAGUUCAAGACAAGAUCCAUUUCAACGAGACAUGGCACGUAGGAUAAAGGAGAUUAGGGAGCAAUUAGAUAGGAUCGCAAAGGACCGUUUCGAUCUCCACCUUAGAGCACGAGACAGUGUCAGGAGGCUUGAAUUCCGACCGCGUCCGCAGACUAGCUCCUUGAUUGAUGAGUCCGAUGUUUUUGGUAGGGAAAGGGAUCGAGAACAGAUAAUAGAAUCGUUGGUGUUGUCUGGGUCUAGUAGAAAAGAUGUUCAGGUCAUUUCGAUAGUUGGUAUGGGUGGACUCGGGAAGAAGACCCUUUCUCAGCUUGUUUACAAUGACGAGCGAGUAGAGAAGCACUUUGAGCUACGGGCAUGGGCGUGUGCAUCUGAAGAUUUCGAUGUCGGAACACUUACGAAACAAAUUAUAGAAUCUGCAACUGGAAUUAAGUGUGAUUUCUCCGGCUUAGAUCCUAUGCAAUGGCACCUUCAAGAGACCGUGAGUGGAAAGAGAUUUUUACUUGUGUUGGACGAUGUGUGGAAUGAGAAAUAUAGCGAUUGGGAGCAGCUACGUGUUCCCUUGAGAGUUGGGGCGAAAGGAGGUAAAAUAUUAGUAACUACACGAAGCGAAAUAGUUUCGAGUGUCAUGAAUACGGUCCUCACCCACCGUUUGGGAGUUUUGCCGGAUGAUGAUUGUUGGUCCCUGUUCGAACGCCGAGCAUUUGCAGAUGACAGUAUUGAUUCUUACCCUGAAUUGGUAGCAAUUGCAAAGAAAAUUGUUGGCAAGUGCCGAGGUUUGCCUUUGGCAGUAAAGGCACUUGGAGGUCUCUUGUCUUCUAAGAGAUGUGCAAGAGAGUGGGAAAAUAUCUUGAGAAGUGAAAUAUGGGACUUGCCCGAAAGAAACAGCGACAUUUUACCGGCUCUAAGAUUGAGCUAUCAACAUUUGCCAAUACAUCUGAAGCAGUGCUUUGCAUUUUGCUCCAUAUGUCCUAAAGGUUACAAAUUCGUGAAGGAAGAAUUAGUUCAGCUAUGGAUUGCAGAAGGCUUUGUUCAGCACAAGGAGGGGAAUCAAAUAGAAGAUGCCGUCCGUGAAUACUUCGAUGAUCUGUUGUUUAGAUCUUUCUUUCAGUGUUCGCAUGAAACUGGGGGAGGUCAAUAUUGUUACCGAAUGCAUGAUCUGAUCCAUGAUCUGUCACGAUCAAUAUCUGGUGGUGAGUGUUUUAGAAUUGAAUGUGGUAAGGUGUGUAGUAUUCCUGAAAAGUGUCGUCAUAUGUCACUGACUUGGGAUGAUGAUACAGAACCCAUGGAUUUUGAGGCCUUUACUAAAUCCAAGGGCUUGCGUACAUUGCUUUUUAUACAUAGUUAUCGAGCCAAAAUUGAGCAGGCCCCUCAAGAUAUGCUCCUGAAGUUCAGAUGCCUGCGUGUUUUGGAUUUUAGUUCUAUUAACGUUGCUGAGUUGUCAAAUUCUAUUGGCAAUUUGAAACAUCUCCGAUACCUUGAUCUUUCUUGGACUCGUAUUAGAAGGUUGCCUGAAUCCUUAUGUAGCAUCUACAAUCUGCAGACACUGAAACUCAAAGGUUGUAGAAAGCUGAUUGAGUUACCAAAUGACACAAGGAACCUUAUUAACCUACAACAUCUAAAUCUUGAAAAUUGCCAUAAAUUAAAAUCCACACCUCCAGGAAUUGGGAAGUUAACAUCUCUGCAAACACUGUCAAUGUUCAUUGUGAAUAGAGAGAGGGGACAGGGGAUAGGAGAGUUGAAGGACAUGAAGAGCCUUCGAGGCUCUCUUCAGAUUUCCAAGCUUGAGAAUGUGGUCAAUGUAAAUGUGGCUCAUGAGGCUAAUUUCAAGAAUAAACCGUGCAUUCAUGAGUUGCAGUUGGAAUGGAGUCACGUUGUUGGCAUUAACCUACGAAACGAAAGAGUCGAAGAGGAGGUGCUCGAAGGCUUCCAACCUCAUCCUAACUUGCAGAAGCUAUCAAUAGGAAACUAUAAUGGUAAUAAUUUUCCAAGUUGGAUGAGGGAUCUCCUGCUCCCUAAUCUAGUGAGUGUUGACAUGUACAAUUGUAGGAGAUGUAGCCUCCUCCCAUCUCUUGGACAACUACGUUUCCUUAAGUAUCUCUGUGUCCACGGAAUGGAUGAACUGAAAAUCAUGGGACGUGAGUUCUGCGGCGAUGGCAUUGUGAAGGGUUUUCCGUCAUUAGAGGCACUACGACUCACACGCUUGCCUAAUUUGGAGGACUGGUGCAGCGUUGAGGAAGGGGACUUCCCUUGCCUCCGUCGACUUUCAAUUCAAUAUUGCUCUCGUCUAAGGGCAUUGCCCCACCUCCCUCCCACUCUCACAGAGCUGGAGAUUUCAGACUGCAAGGGACUGACUGCCCUUCCGUUGUUCCCCUGUCUUUGUAAAUUAGAACUGUUUGCAUGUGGUGAGAUGGUAUUGAGAUCUGUACCUCAGCUUACAUCUCUUUCCUUUGUGCGCCUGAGUGGGUUUUGUGAACUAACUUCACUACCCAAGGGAUUGCUACAACCCCUUACCAAAUUGAAGGAGUUAGAGAUUUCUUCUUGUCUUAAGCUUGCCUCUUUGCUGAAUGGGGUCGGGUUACAAGAAGAGGGGCUGCCCAUCACUCUUAUGUCUCUUGAGAUCUCCCAUUGUGGUAAUCUCAAGUCACUCCCAAAGGGGCUGCAAAGGCUCACCUCCCUCCAACGUUUGAAGAUCGCUGCCUGCUCUCAACUCUCUUCCUUGCCAGAGGAGGGGCUGCCGACCAAUCUUCAAUCUCUUAUUAUGUUUGGAUGUCCCAUGUUAACGGAACAGUGCAAAAAGGACGGAGGCGAAUAUUGGCCGAAGAUUUCACACAUCCCUGAUAUACGGAUCGAUUUUGAUAAGAUUUCUCAGCACUGACAGGAUUUUUGGUGCAUGUUGGGAGAGCAAAGAACUGCAUCUGCAGGGGGCCUUUUGGAUUUCUUUUGUUACUUUGGGAAUUUAUGAAAAGUUUUGUAUUCCAAGCGUGGAUUUUUCUCAUUAAAAAAAUCUUCCAUUUGAAGAAAAGAAGAGAUGUCCUCUUUGUAGCUUCUAGAAGAUCUUGAAUAUAGAGAACUUCAAACUCGGGCGAGAAGAUAAGCUUCAAGAUGAUUAGUCUGAGAUCAGUACAUUAAAGGUGACAUGAACAAUGCAAAAGCUCUGACCAACUUCCAAAUUACUCUUUUCUAUUGGGUAUGACUUUGUUGUAAAUAUAAUAUAGUUUCCACUCAGGUUUGUGCCUUUGCAAGAGCCAUUAGUUUUCUCUUUUGAGGUUAAAUAUGCUUUAUUAAUUGAAUAUGGAGUAUUAGUUUGAGCUUAUGAGGUGUUCAUUUAAAUUGCCUUAGUCUUUUUUAUGUUGUUUCAUGGCAUGGCAGUUUAAUACAAUGAAUUGCUGAAAAAGCAUGUGAAAAAGCCAUCAAGGAUCUCUAUUAUAGUCACAUGUUUAUCUAACAUGGAGUGGACAUGUUGAAAAAUUUUCCUAUUGAAAGUUUUAGAAGUUGAAUCUUUA